AUGCAUCCUUUGUUCCUCCUCUGCGUCACGGUGACCGUCUCCGUCUCCUUGGCGCGCCCUCACCUCGAUCCUCGCUCGUCGGAAAUGGUCGACUUCGUUAACAAAGCCAACACCACCUGGAGGGCCGGCCUCAACUUUCAUAAUGUUGACCUGAGCUAUGUGAAGGGCCUGUGUGGGACCAUACUGAAUGGACCCAAGCUGCCAGAAGUGGUUCAUGAUAUUGAAGGCAUAAAGCUUCCUGACAGCUUUGACCCACGGCAGCAGUGGCCCAACUGUCCCACUCUCCAGCAGGUCAGAGACCAGGGCAACUGUGGAUCCUGCUGGGCCUUUGGGGCAGCUGAAGCCAUAUCUGACAGGCUGUGUAUCCAAAGCGGAGGUAAAGUUUCUCUGGAGAUCUCCGCUGAAGAUCUGCUCUCCUGUUGUGAUGAAUGUGGCAUGGGAUGUUAUGGGGGGUAUCCCUCAGCAGCUUGGGACUUCUGGACAAGCAAAGGACUUGUGACAGGAGGCUUGUACGGCUCCAAUAUUGGCUGCAGACCCUACAGCAUCCCUCCCUGUGAACAUCAUGUCAACGGAAGUCGUCCUCCCUGUCAGGGCGAACAGGACACUCCCAAGUGUGUGCAGCAGUGCAUUGAUGGGUACUCACCAUCGUACCCGAAGGACAAAAACCUGGGCAAACGCUCGUACAGCGUCCCGUCCCAGCAGGAGCAGAUCAUGACUGAGCUGUAUAAGAACGGCCCUGUGGAAGCGGCUUUUAGCGUCUACGAGGAUUUCCUGCAGUAUAAGGCUGGUGUGUAUCAGCAUGUGAAGGGGGACAUGCUUGGAGGGCAUGCCAUUAAGCUCCUGGGCUGGGGGGAAGAAGAUGGCACCCCAUACUGGCUGGCUGCAAACUCCUGGAACAGUGACUGGGGAGACAAAGGUUUCUUCAAGAUCAAACGUGGAAACGAUGAAUGUGGGAUUGAAUCCGAGGUGGUCGCAGGAACACCACUGAACUGA